GCCACGUCACUUCCGUCAUGCCAGAGGAUUGUGUCACGUCAGGGGCUUCCGCUCCGGGGCUGCAGCCGGAUAGUGUUGCUUGUGUGUCCGAUAAUGGAGACAUUUAAAAACAAGCCUGUCCCACACAUCACCGUGCAGCCGAGGGGUGUCACACCAACACCAGAGAGAUGCACCAGUUGCUGCAGUUGUGUCCACUGCCCGCUGUGCACGCCUCAGAUCUUCAAACCAACAGUUUGGAGUAAGGUGCACAAACAUCUCCAAGGCCAUGCAAAGCGUGCAGUGCAACACAAAGACUACACGAUAUUUAAAUGUAAUUUGGAGUGCAAGCCGACUGCACACUUCCACUGUCCCUCCUGCAAACAGUUGUUAGAAAGAAGAGACAGGUUUGUAGACCAUUUGGGACAGUGUGUCCAACAAGCUGUUGAAGAGGAGCAGGAGGCCAAGGAGGAGGAGGAGCAGCAGCAGCAGCAGGUGGAGGACGAGGAUGAGGAGCAGCAGCAGCAGGAGGAGGACGAGGAUGAGGAGCAGCAGCAGCAGGAGGAGGACGAGGAUGAGGAUGGCAGGCUGGGACGUGCAGCCAACAUGGCGCAGGCGUGCGGGGCGUGCGGUGAGGAGAAGUGGGCGCGAGAGCAGCUUUCUGGGCGUGCUGAAGGGGACUUGCAUAUCACAGUGCGCAGGCGAUCAGACGGCCGCAUGCGUCUGGAGAUGUGCAAAGAGUGCGAGCUGUACCACUGUCCCUUCUGCAAGCCGUCUGUCUACAAGCCAAAAACAGACUAUGCAAGUGUUUGGACACAUGUAGAAAUCCACAGAAUGAGGGCCUUACAACAUGGAGAGUUUAAUAUCCAUUCGUGUCAUUUGCAGUGCAGAGGAGAAAGACAUUUUCACUGUCCGUACUGUGCAAGGACAAUUGUAACUCGGAAACACUUUGAAAGUCAUUUGCGCCAGUGUGUAAAGACGCAAAGUUCGUCAACAAAAACAACAAAGUGCAUCCAGUCUGCUGCUCCGCGUGCUUCUCCUGCUCAGCCGGCGACCACAGUCGGCCAGGGUGCCAUCCUCCUGCUCAACCUCACUCCCCCUUUUCAGCCAACUAUCACAUUGGGACAGUGUCCUGCUCCACCCAAGCCCCCUGUUAAACAAAGAUCUACAGCAGACCAACAUCCUGCUUCACCUGACCCUCCUGUUAAACCAAAAUCUACAGCAGAUCAGCGUCCUGCUACUACACCUGACCCACCUAUCGGGCCUUCAACCCCGGUGGACCACCUCUCUACUUUAACAGCCAAGCCGGGUCAAAUAUCCAGAACAGUGCAGAGAAAAAUAAAAUGUCCAAUGUGCAACCUCUACUUACAUAAAAAGAAUUUAAGGAAACAUAAACUCAGGAAACACUUAAAUUCUGAGAAGGACAUAACAGCCAAAGACCACCUUAGAAGUCAGUGCAUUGACUCUCAUAACGGGGUAUACGCCGUAGCAAAGUCUUACCAGGCCACCACCGUACCGGUCCACGUCAUCAGAAACAGAUCAGGCAGCACGCACAAAACGAUGUGUGAAGAAGAUCGGUGCGAGGUUAUUUCAGAUUUUCAAAGGCGGAGCGGUUUGCCUGAUUGUCAGUGCCCUCAUCUGCAGUCUGUUGAUUAUUGUGUUACUCAUGCAAGCAGAGAAGACUUGAAACCUGCUGUGUUGGAGGAACUGGUUGCCAGUAACUGGUUUGGAAAGGAGAUGGGAGUCAAGUGCCUCAACCACCGUGACCUAGCGACUCAGAACACCGCGCCGCUUGUUACUCGUGUGGACCUCGGUGGGAGUCACUGCCUGUAUUUUUCCGUGUUCGAGCCCGAAGCGUCGCAGUGCUGCAAGUUGGGAAGAUUAUUUGUGACAUACAAUGUAAAGGGAAGGUUGUGGCAUUGUGAUUGUUCCCCAGGGACAAUUACCUGCUUGCACAAAUGUACAGCCCAGUGGUAUCUCUUCCAAACCAACAAAGAGUUAUUUACCUCAAACGCCAAACGAGACGCAGCUCUGAACAUUGAUGAAUUAAUGGAAGACUCACCUGCAGAAGCCUCCACAGAGAAGUCACCUGGAAUUGUUUAUCCUCGAGGAGAAGAAGGACUAAAUGGACAAAUAGCAAAGUACAUCUACAACAACAAAAGAUUGCCCUCCACGUUCCCAGAAAACAUCACCCAGUUUGAAACGCACUUUUCAAAGCAUCUGGUUCCAGCUGAAACUGUCUGCCAGCAGUGCCCAGGUCAGGUCUCCUUAACAGAGCCAGUGCUGAUCACCAACAAAGCCACCGUGGUGACUUUAACAGGAGUGGUGGAAGAUAAUUCCACCUUUAUCAAGAAGUGUCCAGAAUGUGAAAUGGUGUACCGUUACCAGGAGUGGAGCGAGGGUCUUCACAAUUACAACAACCACAUAAUCCUGAGUCUGCAACUGUGCGUGCUUCUGCAAAACACAAUUAAGAAUCAGACUGCUGAUGGUGGAGUGGUGGAGGUGCUGGAACAGACAACAGGUGGGAAGUCUCCGAGCGGCAUCGAGGUGCUUCAGGCGUACCUCCACUUCGAAGCUCUCACAAGUCACAACUGUCCAUCUGGAGUCAUGAUGGAUCUUUAUCGAAAGGGCGUUUUCAACAUGGCAGGGAUUGAGGUUAAAGGUUUGCCUGAGUCCUUAACUGGAGAAGCAAAUGCAGAGGAAUUCUGGGAUUCGGUGUGUUUGGAGAUAAUCACAAACGGCCUGGUUGCUCGAAGUUCUACUUACGUGCCGACCGUCGACAGUAACCUCAGAGAAGCUGCUGUCUCUGCUGUCACAACCUCCUUCACACCGACUGACAGUAAGAGGCUGAGCAAACAAAGAACAGAGGAGUGUCACAGAGCUGUUACCAGAUAUCUUGUGAAAGGAUUGCAUCCCAUAUCCACAGCAGAGUCGCCAUGCUUUAGAGAAAUGACAGAAACACUAAACCCAAAGUACCACCUGCCUUCCAGAGAUCAGCUCGUGAACACGCUGAUACCUUCGUGGUACGCUGCGGAGAAGAAACAUGUCAUCAAAGAGCUGCUUCAGGUGUCUAAGGCUGCCGUCACAUGUGACUUGUGGACAAGUUUUGCCCACGAACAUUACCUGACAGUCGCUUUACACUUCACGAUGGAAGGCCUGAGGAAGCAGAAAGUGCUCCGUACGAAGCCGGUGUACGACGCUCAGACAGACACAGUAGUAGCAGAGCAGAUAGGUGGUAUACUGGAGGAGUUUGGUGUCGGAGACAGAGUUGUUGCCGUGACGGCGCAUAAUGCGUUCAGUAUGGACAUUGCCAUAAAGAAGUUACAGUUUAGGAAGCUGAGAUGUUUUGCCCGUGUACUUAAUCUUGCUGCGCAGAAGGUGUACACCAGCAACACUGUGACCAGAUGGGCAUCGAAUAUAAGAGCUGUUGUUGUGUGGAUCAAAGGGUCUUCCACAGCUCAAACUGUUCUUCAGAAGAAACAACAGCUUUUGAAUCUACCACAACACUCUCUGGUUCUUGACGUCCGAACACGGUGGAACUCAUUGUACCUCAUGGUGGAGAGGUUUGUAGAGCAGUAUGCCGCCAUACGGGCCGCCGUCACAGAUCCACAGAUCACGCAGUCCGACGAGAAGAGAAGACUGGAAACGCCCACAGACGAUGAUCGCCAGAAAGCAGAGGAGUUUGUUAAGAUCAUGAAGCCUCUGUACACAUCUGCACUCUGUGUCUCAGCUGACAAGAGUCCGACUUGUAGUCAGAUAUUUCCCAUCCUGAAAAAACUGGAGACCCACUUUGAAACCCAGACUGAGGACACUCUGUUCACAGCCACACUGAAGGGGAAAGUCUGGGCUGACCUGUCCACAUGCUACAAGGAUGGUGAUACUUGGACGUUCCUACAGGAGUCGAGCGCUAUGGAUCCGAGGUUCAAGAACAGAAUUGACUCGGAGGAGAUUUGGUACAGAGUGAAAAAUGCUGCGGUUAGAGCUACAACCACAACAGAGGAGGAGCACAAACCUUUGCGGGAGGACAGAGACGCCGAUGACGUGUCUGACCCAACUGACCAGUAUUCAGAUGAGACUUUACCCAAAAGGCCGAGGUUAUCUGCCCUGGAGGAGCUUUUUGAGGAGGAGGACAGAGCUCUGAAGAGCAGCGCAGCUCCAGAAAAGACACCUUCGAUACCCGAGAGAGUCCAGCAAGAGCUACAGCUGUACAGAAACCUGCCCGCGGUACCCACAUCGGAGGACGCUCUGGCCUGGUGGUGGGAGAGACGAGACACGCUGCCCCUCCUGUCUCGACUCUCUAACUCAUAUCUGUGCAUCCAAGCAUCGUCGACCCCUCGUGAGAGAGUGUUUUCCACAGCGGGGGACACAAUCAGCCAAGAGAGGUCACAUGUUCUACCAGAGCUGGUAGAUAUGCAGAUUUUUUUACAGAAAAAUUGUUAAAAACAAUUGAAUCCACAAUCAAUAUGUGCAAUGCAAAAAAGGUUAUUCAUGAGGUAUUUGUUCAAGCACUUUAUUCACCGUGCAGAUACAAUAAAAUUAUGUUGAUAUCAA